UUGCAAAAUCCAGCUCUGCUUUUGACUUGACAUUGAAGUUUUUAAACUUUCAACUAGAAGGACGGGACGGCACUGUAACCAACACCACCACAUGUUAUUGGGCCUACUUUGUCGAGGUUUUUCGCGACCACAUUUCAAUCAGCAUCAUCUGAACGCGCAGCAGCUUUUCUUGGGUGCGGCUAUACUCUGUGCACAGACAAGAAACAUGGCCGGCGAGAUUUCAUUGGAGGAGGCAAAGAAGAAGGCCGCCCGCACCGCCGUGGACGAGUGGGUGACGGAGGACACUAAGAUCCUGGGGAUUGGCAGCGGCUCGACGGUCGUGUUCGCGGUGCAGCGCAUUGCGGAGCGUGUGUGGAAGGAGGGCGAGCUGACCGACCUGAUCUGUGUGCCUUCGUCCUACCAGGCACAGCAUCUCAUAUUGGACUACAAUCUCAACUUGGGCUCGCUGGAUCGCAAUCCCAACAUCGAUGUGGCCAUCGACGGAGCCGAUGAGGUGGACACGCACAUGGUGUGCAUCAAGGGCGGCGGGGGCUGCCUGCUCCAGGAGAAGGUUGUGGCCUCCUGCGCCAAAAAGUUCAUUGUGGUGGCCGACUACACGAAGCAAUCGACGCGCCUGGGCGAGCAAUGGUGCCUGGGCGUACCCAUUGAGGUAGCGCCUAUGGCGUAUGUUCCCAUCAAGUUGCAGAUCGAGGCCAUGUUUGGAGGCGAGGUCUCGCUGCGCAUGGCUAAGGUCAAGGCUGGACCCAUUAUAACCGAUAAUGGAAACUUUCUGCUCGACUGGAAGUUCAUUGCCAAGCGGGAGUACAACUGGGAUGAGGUGAAUCGCGGCAUCACCAUGAUCCCAGGCGUCCUGGAGACGGGACUCUUCGUGGACAUGACCCACAAGUGCUAUUUCGGCAUGGCCGAUGGCAAUGUUAAGGCUCAGACCAAGUAAAUCUUUGUACACUACUAUGUUCACAGGGAUUAGAUUAAUAUUAAGAAGUGUUGGCCAUAAAUAAACGAAUUUGUCUCUUGCAUUUAUCUACA